CCUCGCGAAAUAUUGCGAAAGACUCUUAAAGCCAAGGCUGACCCCAAUUUGUUUCCCUCAUCAGACUUUUACAGCUCAAUUACGUCGUGAAACCGAUCAUGAGUGAACUCUUUAGGCUCACCAAAGCCUCACUUCUUACCAGCGCUACUGGCGCCACCGAUGCAACGUCUCAAAAAUUAUACCAAGGACUCAACGACUUCUUGGAACGUACUGCACCAGGAUUCAAAUUCUUUACAACCUGGCUUAAACUCGACAUCACCACAAUCAUCCUCCUGAUAACCCUGGGAGGAGAAUUGCCAAGGGCUUUGACGGGCAUUCAAAAGCUGGGAACUCAGAUCUACUGGUGGAUUACCCGCUUCUUCACUGCUUCCAUCUCGAUCGGGAGUAACGACAAACUCAACAGAGAGGUUCUCAACUGGCUAGGGGCACACGUUCUCACCCGGCAAGGCACUCGUGUUCUAACUGCCCGAACCGAAGUGAUCCAGAAUGAGGCGUGGUAUUAUCGGAAGCCUAUCGAGCGAGACGACCUCCAUCACGAAAAGAGGGUACCAGUGCAAUAUUUGCCAACCUUUGGUACCACCUGGUUUAUUUAUGAGGGAGGGUUCUUCAUGGUCCGAAGAGUGUCUAACGUACGCGUCGGCUCUGCGUACACCGGUGUUCCGGACGAAUACUCUGCCGCCCCGGAGGGCGAUGAGCCGCUCGUCGUGAUGCGCUUGGGGCGCGCUGUCCAACCCGUCAAAGACUUCCUCAACAACUGUCGGCUCUUUGCGGACAAGCAGCGUGAAGCAUUCAUCACGGUGAGAGCCACAAAAAAUCAGUAUAAUCAAGAGAGUUGGGACACCACUAUCCUCCGACCGAUACGGCCACUAGAAACUGUGCACUUUGACGAGAAGACGAAGACAGAGCUUGUCAAUGACAUCGAAACGUAUCUCAACCAAAAAACCAGGAAGUUCUACACGGAAAGAGGGAUACCGUACCGGAGAGGCUAUCUCUUCUAUGGCCCACCCGGUACAGGCAAGACGUCUCUUUCUCUUGCGCUAGCAAGCUACUUCAACCUCGAGCUCUAUCUACUCCAUAUCCCUAGCAUCAGAGAUGAUAACGACUUGGAGAACCUAUUCACCGCGCUGCCGCCGAAAUGCAUCGUCUUGCUGGAGGACAUCGACGCGAUUGGAAUUCAGCAUCGCAAGAAGUUCGAGCCGGAUGAUUCCUCAUCGGAAGAUAGCGACAGCAGCGCUAGUAGCGCAAGGUCUUUCGGGCGAUGCCGUUGUACUUUGUCAGGUCUUCUGAACGUCUUGGAUGGAGUCGCAUCCCAAGAAGGUCGCAUCGUCUUGAUGACGUCCAAUGUGGCUCACAAACUUGAUAGAGCGCUCGUAAGACCAGGUCGUAUCGAUAGAAUGAUAUUUCUGGGGAAUAUUUCAAAGGGAAGCGCCAAGGGCAUGUUUGAGCGCAUGUAUCGACCGCACCUGUCAACUGAGACUCUUCUAAUCGAUAAAGAUGACGAGGCUCUGAAGAAGCAAGCCUCAGAAUUCGACGAAUUGGCAGAAGGAUUCAGUUCUCAAGUCCCUGACGACAUAUUCACCCCGGCACAGUUGCAGGGAUUCUUGCUCAACCACCGGAAUGCACCGGAACAGGCCGUCAAGAGCAUUGCUGCAUGGGUUGUUGAAGAGAAAGCCGCGAUGGAUGAAGCGCAGCGACGGAAGAAAGCGGCAAGCGAGAGGAAGGCGAGGAAGAAGAAAGCCCUCAAGAUGAAGGCGCUUAAGGCACUGGCUUCGGAGUCCGACAGUGAAGGAGCCAAUGAGAAAGCUGACGCAAAGGAAAUUAAGAAGGCCAAAGGAGCCGUGGGAACGAAGACCAAAGCCGCUAGCGAUCAACCCCGGAGUCUUGCAGCCGACGGGAUAGUGCAAGAGGAGGUAACUGAGGAUGCAGAGUCGCGAGUUGAAGGCAAAGAGCCAGCUGAAUGACUGAUGAUAGAAGUAAGGUAGACAUGAAGUUAGCGAGCGGCAUCUAGCAUAGCAUAGCAUCGGAGUUACGGCAACUUCAACUUCUGGGCAGAGGCUGUAUUUGAGUGGGAAUUGCUAUGGUCAUCAGUAAUCGCCAGAGUAAAUACGAGCAAGG